CGGGGAGCUGUCCGUUCAGCACCACGGACCUCUGCCCGGCCGGCAGCCCAACCGACCCCCGCCCGGGACUGUCUUUUCUCCAGUUUGAGCGGGGGUGUCUGGAGCAGGAGGAGGAGAGAGCUUUCCUGAGAGACUGGGGAAGCAGCGAACACUCUCCUCAACGACUCGCCUCCCAGCAGUGCUAUUUUUUGCCAUCCGCCCUCACCCCCAGCACACGCGCUGGCACACACACACACACACACACACACACACACACACACCUCUCUGGAUUUCUUCUUUCCUUGAGUCUCCUGAGGCUGUGAGAGGAACCAGGCGCAUCUCCAACCAAGCAACCAAGCAACCAGCCAACCAACCGAGCCAGCAGCUCCCAACACCGCAAGCCAUGCCCUGCCCGGACCCUCAUCCUUCCCAGGCUCCCAAGGAAUGAAAGGAAGCCGUGGGCCCUCAGGAGGCAGCAGUGAUGUGGACCAAACCCCGGGAGCCUGCACCCUCCCGAGGACGGUAGGCCACCCGGGGAACUGGAGAGAGCUCCGGGCAGGAAAUCCCAGUUUUCCCAAAGUCCCUGUGGAUGCCGACAGACGGAAACACAAAUUUUUGGAAGAGCCUGUCCUAGGUUAUUCAGCUGCAGAGUGAUUUUUUUCCUCCCUCUGGUAUUGAACCUCCCACCACCACCUCCAACCACCACCCCCCAUCCACUCAGAGUACCAUGAAGAAUUAUGAGGAUGUGUGACAGAGGUGUCCAGAUGUUGAUCACCACUGUGGGAGCCUUCGCAGCUUUUAGCUUAAUGACCAUUGCGGUGGGCACGGACUACUGGUUAUAUUCCAGAGGCGUGUGCAGGACUAAAUCUACAAGUGAUAAUGAAACCAGCAGGAAGAAUGAAGAAGUAAUGACCCACUCGGGGCUCUGGAGGACCUGCUGUCUAGAAGGAGCUUUUCGGGGAGUGUGCAAGAAGAUCGAUCACUUCCCUGAAGAUGCGGACUACGAGCAGGACACAGCCGAGUAUCUCCUGCGAGCUGUGAGGGCCUCCAGCGUCUUCCCCAUCCUCAGCGUCACGCUGCUCUUCUUUGGCGGGCUCUGCGUGGCGGCCAGUGAGUUCCACCGCAGCCGACACAACGUCAUCCUCAGUGCGGGUAUCUUUUUUGUCUCUGCAGGGCUGAGCAACAUCAUCGGCAUCAUAGUCUACAUCUCGGCCAACGCGGGCGACCCGGGGCAGCGCGACUCCAAGAAGAGCUACUCGUACGGCUGGUCGUUCUACUUCGGCGCCUUCUCGUUCAUCAUCGCCGAGAUCGUGGGCGUGGUGGCCGUGCACAUCUACAUCGAGAAGCACCAGCAGCUGCGCGCGCGCUCGCACUCGGAGCUGCUCCGGAAGUCGGCCUUCGCGCGCCUGCCGCCCUACCGCUACCGCUUCCGGCGGCGCUCCAGUUCUCGCUCCACCGAGCCACGCUCGCGAGACCUGUCCCCCAUCGCCAAGGGCUUCCACGCCAUCCCGUCCACCGACAUCUCCAUGUUCACGCUGUCGCGGGACCCCUCCAAGAUCACCAUGGGGACCCUCCUGAACUCCGAGCGGGACCACGCUUUUCUACAGUUCCACAACUCCACGUCCAAAGAGUUCAAAGAGUCGCUGCAUAACAACCCGGCCAACCGGCGCACCACGCCCGUCUGAGCUGCCCCCCACCCCAGCCCAGGGACACCCCCUCAGCACACUCACACCCCCGCCUGGGUACCCGGGCAUCGCCCCGGGCGCGGGGGCAGCAAGCAGAGGCCUCCCGGACGUUGCAUGGCAUGGUCUUCGUGAUGGCACCACUUUUUUUUGCAAAAGAAUGACACCAAAUGGACUCAGCCCUCCUCCUCCCCCCCCAACAAUGCACCUUGACCUUUGCAAUCCUCCCACACACACAAUGCCCCCUGACCCUUGCAACCCUCCCCCUCCCUCCCACAAUGCCCCCUGACCCUUGCAACCCUUCCCAUUUGUCACAAUGCCCCCCUGACCCUUGCAACCCUUCCCAAUUCCCACAAUGCCCCCUGACCCUUGCAACCCUCCCCCUCCCUCCCACAAUGCCCCCUGACCCUUGCAAUCCUCCCCACUCCCCCCUAUGCCCUCUGACCCUUGCAGUCCUCUCCCCACCCCACCCCCAACAAUGCCUCCCUGAUCCAUGCAAUUCUCCCCCUCCCCCCUUGGCUGCCCAAACCCCCCCAAAAAAAAAAACUAACUGAUGUCACUCGAUGUCACUCUGUUCACCACCUCCCCUUAGUGCCCCCACCAUCUCCUUUCUCCCUUAUUUCCUCCAAGGGUCCCCACAUUCUUCCCUCCUUGGAAGAGGACUGGAGGGCGAGUCACGGGUGGGGGCUGGAGUGGGGAGUCCUUCCCUGCCUUCCCCCCAUCGGGUGUCUGCACAGCUGCCCCCCACCCCCGUGGACGCCCACCGCCCAGAGAGUCCCCAGGGAGGCAUUCACCUUUCCGUGUUAGAAACACAUGACCAGAAAUCAAAGAUGUCAGAGCCCCGAAGCAGCUAAUGUAAUAAGCAGUCAUGUUAUUAAAGGUUUUGCCUUGUCCUAA